AGAAAAUUAGCAAGAAGCUCUUCUGAGGAAAAUGCCUGGAGUAUAUGGUCAUUAUUUCAUAUGCUGGUGUCAAAGUUGAGGGUACGUGCUUUGGCUAAUGCCAGAGAGACUAAAUUAACCCAGAAUUUCUUGGCUAGGAGAGAUUUGACUGUGGCAUUUGAUUGUGUAUUCAUGUUCUCAGGGUUGAGGUCUGCUAAGUUGUCUUGGAGUUUGUCUGGG